AGAAAAGAAGGGAGACCAGGCACCCUCAUCUCUCUUGUUUUUCCCCUUCUCACUCCCGCUCUUCCGUUCGCGCGAGUGUGCAUGGAAAUAAUGCAUCGCAAGCAGUGGCCAUGUGCUGAGUGCGGGCGGCGAUUUAGCAAGAAAGGAGAUCGAGACCGUCAUCGACGCACACACCUCAACCGGGAAGAGCGUCCUGUCUAUCCAUGUCCACAUUGCAAGAAACGUUUCUUGAGAAAGGACAACCAACAAAAACACUCUCGUCUAUGUCUCUUUCACGCACCAGCACCGUUAUAUGCAACACCGAACAACCAAGGAGUUCCUCUCGAGAUUGCCUUAUGCAAUGUCCAUCACACUGGGAUUCCGACAGAUCAUCCUGAUGAUUCACUCGAAAAUAGACAAUGUGAGAACGUCCAGCUAUCGACGAUGACAAAUACGUUAACGAGUUCUGUCGGAUGUCGUGAUUGCCAUGGACAAAAUGAAGAAGAGCAGAACAGAGGUGAGACGCCACCUGCCAAAAGACGACUCACCUCUCCUAAACAAUCCACGAGUUUUGCAGAGCAAAUCAACGACAAAAAGUUCGUCUAUUUUGACGAAAUUCCACUUAAUGAAACGAACCGAGCGGAAUAUUGUCCUCAUUGCAACCGUGGACCAUUCCGUCAUCACUUCAACCUGAAUCAACACAUCCGUGAUGUUCACCUUCUACCUAGACUGCACCCAGCAAACCAGGUUGGCGGAGGUUCAGAUGUUGAACAACGCAUCGGACGUUUCACCCUUGAGGAAACAGCGGCGAAUCGUGGUGCAGAAAAUUACGCUUUAGAUGUUCAGGCAGAUAUUGAGGAUGCUGAUCCCGAUAAAUUUAUUCUCGACUCGAACGAUCUUCUUCUGGACUUUCUUUCAAAAUACUUUCAGCAGUGGGAUAAACAAGCCAUCAAAAUGCAAUUAGUAUUGUCCAUACGUUGUCACCGCCUGACGUUAGAAGGUCGGCAAACGAUGACGAUGCACAUCCGUACCGACCCGAUCGGAAUUAUGGGCGUGCAUGACAAUCUAGAGGAGAGAGUGAAUGAGAUCGCUCAGGAUCUCACACGAAGGUUAGAUGAGGCGGAGAAUCGCGGGAGCGGUUGGAUCUAUGAUAGCGUCGAAAAAUUCCUUGUAGAAGUGACACGUUUCGAUCCGAUCCGAGGCAGCAAAUUCGUACAACUUCCUGAUACGCUCAAGUCCAUGCAAUCCCUCAUCAAUCCCCAUAACGAUGAUGAUCAGUGCUUUCUUUUUUGCAUUGCAAUGUUUGAUGAUCCUCCUAAAGACGGAGCUUUCGGAAACGUUAAGGUUUUCAAUAAGUAUUUUGCCGAAUACGAUGUCCAGGGAGUCACUUUUCCCGUUUCACCAGCGCAAGUGCCUCACUUUGAGAAACGAAACGGGCGUGCCAUCACGAUCCUAGGUUAUGAAUGGGCGAAAGAGGAACAAGAUAGGGUGUACAUCAUAUAUGCCUCAACCAUGCCUGAGAGCAUGCCGCGGAUGUUUUUAUUGCUGCUCGAAGAAGGUCACUAUGUUCUGAUCAAGAACUUGAGAGGAUUCAUGAAUCACUUUCGGAAGAAAUGGUGGGAGACCAUUACCGAGACACAAUAUCAGCAGGCAAUGCUUGUAUGGAAGACUUUCUCUUGCAAAACCAUUGGAGAUGACGCUCAGUUGUAUUGUCGCGUCGACACGAUCCUUCUCUCGACCGUCUUUGAGCGAUUUCGUAAACAAACGAUGCAGGACUUUGAUCUUGAAGCAUCAAGUGGUCGAGGACAGGACUACGGGUUCCCCGAGAUCCGUAGGUGCGGAAACAUUGGAGGACAGCAAGACGCCAUUUGGAGUUCCCAACAUUGGACGAAGAUACCUUUCAGACAUUCCCUGAAUCUCACAAGUCUGUAG